AAACCAUUUGAUGAAAAUCCCACUUGGGAAUAUUCGAAAGGACCAAAAGAGUUUCAUGGAGCUGAACCACCGGCAGUAACUUUGGAUGGUUUCAUUUAUGUAUGCGGCGGAGGAUUUGAACGAGCUGAAGUUUACAGGAAGACGGAUGAAGAACUUUCUAAAGUGACAAAAUUAUGUGAAAAAUAUAAUCCAGCUGUGGGACAAUGGGAAAAAAUUAAAAAUAUGCAUUGCGAAAAAAGACUCAACGCAAUGGUGGAAGCCAAUGGGCACAUAUACAGCAUCGGUGGUAUUGGGCGAAAAAAAAACAAAAAAAAAAAAAACAUACGAAAUUGCUCUAUCUCUCGUGGAAAAAUACGAUAAGGAAUCGGACGAAUGGAGCCCUAUGCCUCGAAUGAAAAAGUCGAGAAUUGCUCCUGCAGUUGCCAGUUAUAAUGGAAAAAUAUACGUGCUGGGUGGUGGCGGGGUUGAGGAUGAAGACAAUCCCCGAUUACCUGAUGAUUAUAACAGUUGGCUUUAUCUUGCUUCUUUGGAGUUUUUUGACCUAAACGGCGAGGAAUGGGUACUGGCAAGAAGAAGAAUGACGUCACCAAGAAUAAAAUUUCGGGUUUGUGUCUUUGAUGACAAAAUAUAUGCCGUGGGAGGCAAUAAAGACAAUAACAGCAGCGUUGAGCAAGCUGAUAUACAAGACAUCCGUGGAGAAGCAGAUGUAGAGGACCAAGGUGCGACGGUGUGGAAGGUUACAGAUUGGAUUGGAGAAAUGAGUAAAUGGAAUUACAUGGCUACGUUGCUAAUGAAUGUGCCAACUGAAGAGAUGCAAGUCGACUAAGCACAGCUGUGAGCAUAUUAAUAAUCAAGAAAUAUUAAUGGUGUAUAAAUUGAUAAUUUGUCAAGAAUUCAUUGAAUUGUGAUGUUUUAAUUUACUAUUUUAUUCAAUAGAAUUGACUGCACUGCUGUUACUGAUAAAUGUGAUUGUUUGAUAGUUGUAUCAUAUUGAUGUUUUUAGAAAGAAACAAUUAUGUAAUAGCUUUAUAUACGGAGUGUCUUAAAAUAAAUGAAACCCACAAAAUUGCAAAAAAUGCGUUUAAAUAAACUUUAAAAUCUAUCUAAAGGCUCCAAACUUUCAGUACUCAAUUGUUAUUAUAUGAGCCACAGAAAAUGAUAACCUUUUCAACGUCUUUUGUUCUAGUAAUAAAUGGAUUUCGUGUAUUUGGACACCCUGUAUGUAGUAUACGUAGUGCAUAGUGCCUUAAUUAUGAAUAUAUACACAGAAUAAAAAAUGUAAUUUAA